AUCGCGAUCGCAUGUUGUACUUCCGCUCUCCGGGCUGCCGUAGUGCGGAAAGCCAAACCCACGUGGUUAAUCAAAACAUCAUGGCGGCUGGUUUCAAAACCGUCGAGCCUCUCGAGUACCACCGGAGCUUCCUGAAAGAAAACUGUCGACCUGACGGACGGGAGCUGUCAGAGUUCAGGACCACAACACUGAACAUCGGCUCCAUAUCCACGGCCAACGGCUCAGCGCUGGUGAAGUUUGGAAACACUACGGUCAUGUGUGGGAUCAAAGCGGAGUUGGCAAACCCCACAGUGGAAACACCCGGUAAAGGUUACAUUGUGCCCAACGUGGACCUGCCGCCCCUGUGUUCGUCUCGGUUCCGUCCUGGCCCGCCAGGAGAGCAGGCCCAGGCUGCCAGCCAGUUCAUCGCCGAUGUAAUCGAAAGCUCUGGAGUGAUACAAACGGAGGACUUGUGCAUUGACAGGGGAAAGCUCUGCUGGGUGCUCUACUGUGACAUGAUGUGUCUCGACUACGAUGGGAACCUGCUGGACGCUUGUAUCGUUGCCCUGCUGGCUGCCCUGAAGAACACACGACUCCCAGAGGUCACCUUCAACACAGAGACGAGUGCACCAGAGGUGAACUCGGAAAAGAGACAAGGGCUGUGUAUUCGCAAACAUCCGGUGGCCACCUCGUUUUGUAUCUUCGACGACUCCAUACUGAUCGUAGACCCCACGGCCGAGGAGGAGAGUCUGGCGACCGCUCAGCUCACCGUGGUGACCGAUGAGGAAGAUCGACUCUGUUCCGUCCACAAACCAGGUGGGACGUCGAUGUCUGGACAGAAGCUGCAGGAGUGCAUCAGCCGAGCGACGGCGCGGCAGAGAGAGAUCCAGAAACUCAUCGACAAAGUCGCACACAGUGUGAAGAUGGAACAAUAAAGAGCCUCAGACGACUGUUUUUUUUGUUUGUUUUUUUAUCUAAAAGCUGUAUUUUCCACUGUCAAUAUAUAUUCUUUUUAAUAACAAUAAAACUGCUGACAAAGA